AAUGCUUGAACGCGUCCAAAAGGCGCUUGGUUGGGUCCCAUGGACCAAUAAGCGGGGUGCCAGAUACACUUACGUACCCUGUACAUUCGGCGGACCUCGGCAUUUUCCCCAGAGUGUGGUGCAGCUCCACCUUUUGGCGCAAGGCAGACGACAUGGAGAACGGAGGCUAGCUCGCGUUGGAAGGAGAGGACCGAACCGAGGCCUGGAGGAAUGUAUUGGCAAAGGGGAGGGGAGGGGGGGAAGCGGAUUCCAUAGUCUCUAAAGUGUUCGCGUUGUCCUCGUGUUCUUUGGUCCCUUAUUUCUCUCUCCUUCUUUCUCUUUGACUUCGUUUCAUCCCAUCUACGUAUAUUCAUAGUCGCCCGCCCACCAUGCCUCACGCAGCGCUUACACGCGAGUCUGUCGCUUCGCAUAACAAACCUGACGACCUGUGGUGCAUCAUUGAUCACAAGGUGUACGACCUCAGCGAAUUCGUCGAUGCGCACCCCGGCGGCUCAGUCGUGCUCGAGCAAGUAGCAGGACAAGAUGCUACGACUGCCUUUUACAAUCUGCACAGGCAGGAGGUGCUCGAGAAGUACAGCGAGCUCUGCAUUGGCACCAUUGAGGGUGAAAGGUCAGAGGUCCUCAUCCAGAAGUCUGGCGAGCUGAGCCCAGUGCCAUAUGCAGAGCCAUUGUGGCUACGACCGCAAUUCAAGAGCCCGUACUUCAACGAGAGCCACCGCGCGUUGCAGAGGGAAAUUCGCAAGUUCGUCGACACACACAUUACACCCGAGGCGCAGCAAAAGGAGAAGGAUGGCACGUAUAUUAGCCAGGAGCUGAUUGACAAGAUGGCGGCAAACGACAUGCUGGCCAUGCGUCUGGGACCUGGCAAGCAUCUGCAUGGCAAGAACCUGUUGGGCGUAGUCAAGGGCGAGGAAUUUGACUAUCUCCACGACCUUGUGCAGGCGCAGGAAGGCGUGCGUGCGAAUGCGCGUGGGUUCCAGGACGGAAACAUGUCGGGCAUGACGAUCAGUCUGACGGCUGUGCUGCAAUGGAUGCCCGAGUCGGAGCUCAAGACGCGCGUGGUGAAUGAGGUGUUGAGCGGAAAGAAGAAGAUGUGCCUGGCUAUUACCGAGGCGUUUGCUGGUUCAGAUGUUGCGGGUAUCAGGACGACGGCGACCAAGACGGCAGACGGUAAGCACUAUAUUGUACGGGGCACUAAGAAGUGGAUCACCAACGGCAUGUUCAGCGACUACUUUGUGGUCGGGUGCAGGACGGAUAAGGGCUUCUCCGUGUUGCUCAUUGAGCGGGAUGCGGCGGUUGAGACGAAGCUGAUCAAGACGAGCUACUCGACGACGGCGGGCACUGCAUUUGUAGAGUUCAACGAUGCAAAGGUUCCCGUAGACCAUUUGCUGGGCGAGGAGCACAAGGGGUUCAUUGUGAUUAUGAGCAAUUUCAAUCACGAGCGCUUCAUGAUGGCUUGUGCCGUGAUCCGGCAGUCGCGAACCGUGGUCGAGGAAUGUCUCAAGUGGUGCAACCAACGCAUCGUUUUUGGUAAAAAGCUCAUUGAGCAGCCCGCUAUCCGGCAAAAACUUGCAAAAAUGAUUUCGCACGUCGAAGCCAACCAAGCUUGGCUCGAGUCGAUUGCGUAUCAGAUGACGCACAUGUCGUACGCGCAGCAAUCCAAGCUGCUGGGCGGGCCGAUUGGUCUGCUCAAGUCGUAUGCUACACGGUCGGCGCACGAGAUUGCCGAUGAGGCAGUCAACAUUUUUGGCGGCAUAGGACUCACGCAGAGCGGCAUGGGACGGGUGAUUGAGCAGUUCCACCGGACGUACAAGUUUGAUGCCAUCCUGGGCGGCACCGAAGAGAUUCUGGGCGAUCUGGGCGUCCGACAGGCCAUGAAGAACUUCCCAAAGAGCAUGUUGUAGAUAGGGUGUUGGAAAACCAUGGUUCUAGGCAGGCAUGAGCGUGUUACAACUUACAUGGUCGGCUUUUGUUGGGUGGCGGAACCGGCGAAUGAAGGGCGUGUGAGGCGGUGUAAUGUAUAUUAUUUUAGGGUACCAGCCAAAAUGGAGGCGUUCGUUGAAUGGCACCUGUCAGCAGUGCCACAUGCGGAGGGGCAAUUUUUUUUCUUUGGUUGCAAACCUUAAGCUGGGGAGAGAGUGGCGUUUGGAAGGAUUCUAGAAGCAAAUUGGUAACAUUGCAGGUCGAGGGCGAUGCAUCAAGUGGCUGGGGGUCGUCGACCUUGUUGG